AUGGCGUCAUUACAAGAUUCACAGAAAGUCAAUGUGCAAAAAGAUUAUGAUGAUUUAUUGACUUGCUCAUUAUGUCUUGAGACUUUCAGAAAUCCGAAGUAUUUACCAUGUCUGCAUACAUUUUGUGAGUUAUGUGUUAAUACUUAUAUUCUUUCAAUUGUUAAAGAAGAAAAUUCCGUUGGAUUCAAAUGUCCAGUCUGUCGAAAUCUAGUUCCUAUCACUGAAAGUCAAGGUAGGCCAGAAACAUGGGCUAAACAAUUACCAGGUAAUCAUUUUAUAGUUUCAAUGAUUGAUAGAAGCGCGAAACAGAAAUCGGAAAAGCUUUGCGAUACAUGCGAACAAAAACACGUUUCACAGAAGGCAGUCUCGUUCUGCACUGUAUGCGAAGAAUCAUAUUGCGAACCAUGCGAAGCUAAUCAUAAGUUAUAUAAAAUAUCAAGAAAACACAAAAUAAUUCCAAUUCAAAAGAUUGACGAAUUCACGGCAUCAUCUUCAAAUUUCUGUCUUGUGAAUUGUGAAGAACAUCCGGACAAGAAUAUUGAAAUAUUUUGCAAGGAUCACUCGAAACCAUGUUGUACAGUUUGUGCCACGGUCCAUCAUAGCAAAUGUGAAGAGGUUGUCACCGUAGACAAAGCAACUUCUGGUAUAAAGCAAUCAACGAAAGCACGAGAACUCAUGACAAAAUUAGUAGAAACCAGUGACAAAUUAGGGAAAGGUAUUAUGAUACAUAAAGACAGCAUGACAACUUUUGAUGAAGGUAUUGAAGUUGCCCUAACUGAUAUCAAAUCCCAAAAGGAUAAAUUUAUCAGACGUUUAAAUGAACUUGAACUUCAGUUACAGAACGAAACUCAUGCUACGAAGAAGAAAAAAAAUAUGAAAAUGUGCGAUGAAGCUACGAUGAUGUCAAGCCUCAAAAGUACUGUUGAUAACUGGAAAAAUAUCUUUAAAGCAUGCACUCUGCAAGGUUCAGACCUCCAAAUCCUGAUAAAAAUGGAAGAAAUUUCAAGAAGAAUACCUCAGAUUGAGAAAGAUAUAUCAAAGGUAGAACGUGAAAUAAGGGACGUGUCGGUAUCAUUCAAACAAGAAGUCAUCACCCUAAACUGUCUUGGUAGUUUGAAGGUCACAGAAAGAUCAGUACAACUAGGAACUGGGUUAAAGAAAGUUAAUUUUCAUUCAGGAUGUGUUAAAGUUCUAGCAACCAUUGACGUUGAUGUAAACAGAGGUGGUUUAAGAGUGUUAAGCGGAGUUUUUAUCGAUGAUAAUAUCAUUCUGACAGACUGGGUGAAUAUACUGUGCUGCGAUCUUAAUGGAGUAAUGAAAGAGGAAUUAAAGAUUGCGUCAUCACCAACCGACGUUGCAAGUAUGAGUGAUAGGAAAAUAGCAGUAGCUUCGGAUUCACGACAAAUUAAUUUACUGGAAAUAAAACCAUUUACUUUAAUCCGUACACUAAGUGUCGAUGUUCCUGUUUAUGGACUAUGUUAUCUAAAUGGGGAGUUUUAA